AUGAGCAUGAGGUGGUUCUUGAGCACGCGCACGCUCACCCGCAUAUCGAAUGUUAAUGGUAGGGUAUUGUCUUCUGUCUCCUCUGGUUACAGAUCCUGUUCAGCUGCUGACGCCUCCGAACCAUAUUUAUUUCACCCGCCGAGAGCUCGUCACGCCUCAUCUCUCGUCGAUGGUCCGAAAAGCCCUAGUUUUGACAAAUCGUUCGGUGGGUUUGGUCACACUUCGCAGCAAGCGAAUCUGGGUGGCUCGUCGAAAGAUUCGGAAGCCGAAUCAGAGAAUGAUGCCACCAUGAAUGAGUUCCUAUCUCGAUUCGUCUGGGUUAUGCGUAAAAAACUCGUCGAAGCUUAUCCUGGGUGUGACAAGGCCACGGUUGAUGGUAUGCUGGUGGUUAUUGUGGAGAGUGUUGUAUCAGAGAUGGAAAAGGGUGGCCUCGGGAAAAUGGCAGGGCCUGCUGCGUCAAUGCCCUCGGACGAUUUCAGUGAGGAUUUGUGGAGAACGGUGUGGGAAGUUAGCAAUGUGGUUCUGCAAGACAUGGAGAAAGAGAAGAAGAAAGAGAAAAUGAAGAGUUUUCUUCAGUCGGAGGAGGUCAAGGAGAUGUACAGGUUUGCUGGUGAAGUGGGCAUCCGUGGGGAUAUGCUGAGGGAGCUUAGGUUCAAGUGGGCCCGCGAAAAAAUGGAGGAAAGCGAGUUUUACCAGAGCUUGGAACAACUCCGGACUGAAGAAUCACUAGCUGAAUCCCAGGAAACAAACGAAUCGAGACAAGAAAAUUUUGGUGGAGAAGAGGCUAAUGAUGCUGCAGUUGAAGGAGAAAAGAAGACUGUCUCUCUUCCGAAAAGACAUGGGAAGAUUAAGUACAAGAUUUAUGGACUUGACUUAUCAGAUCCGAAAUGGGCUGAGGUGGCUGAUAAGAUUCAUGAGAGAGGUGAAAUUAUGUGGCCCAAGGGGCCAAAGCCAAUAUCUGGUAAGUGUAAGCUUGUUACCGACCAGAUUCUCAGUCUGCGAGAAGAGGAUGAUCCUGCUCCACUGUUAAGCGAAUGGAUAGGUCUUCUCCAGCCUAAUAGGGUCGACUGGAUUAAUAUUCUUGAGAAAUUGAAGGAUAAUAAUCCCAAUCUAUACUUUAAGAUUGCAGAACUUGUACUUGCUGAAGAGUCCUUCCAAGCUAACAUUCGUGACUUCACAAAGCUGAUUGAUGCUCUUGCUAAAGAAAAUCGCUUAGAUGAUGCUGAAAGGAUUUUAAAUAAGAUGAACAAAAACGGCAUUUUACCCGAUGUAAUCACGUUAACCGUCCUUGUCCACAUGUACUGCAAAUCAGGAAACCUUGAUCGAGCAAAAGAAGCAUUUGACAGCUUGAGGGCCCACGGAUUUCAGCCGGAUGAGAAGGCGUGCAAUUCUAUGAUCAUGGCCUAUGUAAAUGCCGGUCAACCAAAAUUGGGCGAGUCCUUGAUGAGACAACUGGAAACAAGGGAUAUGAGGCCCACAAAAGAGAUAUUCAUGGCCUUGAUCCGAUCCUAUGCUCAGGCUGGUGAUGUCAAUGGUGCCGAUCGAAUUUCAACCAGCAUGCAAUUUUCUGGAAUCAGUCCUGAUCUGGAAUCCUGCACAUUGCUGGUUGAGGCAUACGGACGCGCGGGAGACCCGGAACGCGCCAGGUAUAAUUUCAAUCAGAUAACAAAACUUGGACACAAGCCGGAUGACAGAUGUACGGCCAGCAUGAUAACUGCAUACAGCAAGAAGAAUCAACUGGAUAAAGCGUUGGACCUAUUAUUGGAGCUUGAGGGACAGGGCUUUGUGCCAGGGGUGGCUACUUAUACGGUUCUGGUUGACUGGUUUAGCAAGCUGAAGCUGUUUGAAGAAGCUGAGCAGAUUUUGGAUAAGAUUUCCCAACAGGGUGAGGCUCCACCAUUUAGGAUCCACAUAAGCCUCUGUGACAUGUACAUUAAGGCGGGAGCUGAGAAGAAGUUGCUUCAAGCUCUGGGCGUUCUUGAAUCAAAAAUUGACCAGUUGGAGCCAGAGGAUUUUGAAAGAAUUAUAGGUUCGCUCGUGGAUGGUGGUUUUGUGCAGGAUGCUCAGAGAAUACAUGGACUGAUGGAGGCUCGGGGGUUUGUGCCGUCCAAUCAACUGAAAAUAGCUCUGAUGGCGUCUCAAGCGGUGGGAAAGAGUAGUAAGAGGAACAAGUUCUCACUUGGGAGGGAGAAAUGA